UAAUUUGCCAUUUGUAAUGGAUGAUAUUGAAGGCAAAGAUUUGUGGGAGGGGAGGAGCGACGGACGAGCGGUAGAAAGAGUGAAGGACUUCAAAUGACGGCCGUGGGUUUCUAUUGUUUCUGCGGAAGUGCAGAGAAUGCACAGCAGCACACGGGCAGAGGCAGCGGAGGGAUGUGCGCAACUCUCACCAGAGGAGCCCCGGACGCAACAAGAUUAUGAAGAUUUCAUAUAUCUGCUGGGAGGCAAAACACGGUGGCUACAUAUCGAAAAGCCAGGAUUAGUUGCCUUUUCAUUUCAUUUCCUCUGGCCUGGCCUCGACCAUGAGGUUAGAGCGAGGGCGGCGGGCUUCUCUGGCGCUCACCCUUAACUUCGUGGCGUUUGCCUUUGCCUUGUCCGCGGUGUGCACCAGCUACUGGUGCGAGGGAACCAGGAAAGUGCCCAAGCCCUUCUGCACGGGGCCGCCGCUGAAGGUGAAGCAGUCGUUCUGCAUCCGCUUCAACAGCUCCAACCUCAACGACAGCCGCUUGGUCCAGUACAUCUUUGAGACCGGAGAGGAUAAGUUUCUCAUGCGGAAGUUCCACGCAGGAAUAUUUUACUCCUGCGAGCAGUCCGCCGACAUGAAUGGAUUUGACUGUCGAGACUUCUUUGAGAUUGCACCUGAACAUGAAAGAGGGGUGCUGUGGUUGUGCAUCGUGGCUGAGACUCUGUACCUCACCCUGCUCUUCAUGGGUGGAGCUCUGAUGACUCUGGAGCAGUGCCCCUGCUACAGCGUCAUGAACAAGCUGAAGCUCAGUGCCUUCGCUGCCGUGUGCACUGCACUGUCAGGCCUUUGUGGGAUGGUAGCCCACAUGAUGUUUACCACCAUAUUCCAGCUGGCUGUUGCCAUGGGGCCAGAAGACUGGAGGCCCAAGACCUGGGACUACAGCUGGUCUUAUGCUUUAGCGUGGGGCUCCUUUGGCACCUGCAUGGGCUCUGCAGUGACGGCGCUGAACAGGUACACAAAGACCAUCAUAGAGUUUAAGUAUAAGCGGCGGAACAUCGAGAAGACCCUGAUGGUCAAGCAGAAGAUGAUCGACAUGGACCUCCCCGAUCAGAUGUGGGACAUGUACCUGACUGCCGUACCGGUUGAUGCAGAGACGCCACUAGAACUGCUGGCCAACGGCCACAAACCACCCACAGGAACAACAUACGUGGUUGAAAUGGACGAUGUACCGGAACAACAGGGAGAGGCUUAUUGUUAAAAACGGAGUCGACAUCCUUCCCUGCUGCGACCCACUGGACCAGUUUUAGGGGCUGAAUUUCCUCGUCCUAAAUUGACUCUUGUUCCUGGAUUUAAGCGUCUAAUACGGGAGAAUAUUUGUUCCUCUCUACACAUCCAGUGUGUGUCUAGGAAGCCAGAGCCCAGAUUCUUUUUGCAGAAAUAAUGUGACAUCGUGGGCUUUGAGAAACAACAUGCAUUUAAUCAAAUCUUUCCAUGCAAUAUUAUCUGAGGGAGGAAGGGGGAAGCCGUAGCUUCAGUGUCUUCACUCUGGGAUGUGGCAGUCUACCAGACAUGCAACAUCCUUCUCAUCUGCUUCAGCAUCAGCCGAAUUCAUCCCUUCCACUCAAUCUGCAUAAAAGCACUGUGGUGGAUGAGGUCUGGGGAGAAGAGCAGUGAAUACACAACAGUACCAUCACGUCCAUCACCAUCCCGUGGACUUGACUCUCUUGCAAAUGACUGUUAACACUUAAUGUUGGAAAAUCAAAUGACUACAAGGAGACAGAAUAUUGACAGUGAUGCUCCAAAUAGAUGGAAACAAUGAAAAAAGAUCAUAAAGUGAUAAGAAACAACCACAAAGGCACACAACAUGACCACACAGAGAUAAUACAAUGACCUCAAAGGCACACAAACAACCACAUGAAAUGACUCAAUGACCACAUGAACUUGCAGCACGUGUGUGUUUCUGUCAGUUUUGAGGUGUUGCUCCUCUGUUGGAUGUGUGGCUGGCCUCUAGCUUGUCUCUUCUGAUUUUGCAGAGCAGUGUCAGCUCAUGGGUUCAACACCUGGUAUUUCUUGACAUGUUUGCCAAUACGUCUGAGAGUUUUGGUGAAAAUACUGCAUGUUCGAUGCUAAAUCAGAAAUGACUUCAUGUCAUGUUUGACCACAGCGGCUGCUGCCCUAAGUUACCAUUUAUUGGAUGUUUUAUUGUUAUUGGGGAAGCGCAUAUACAGAGCACCAGACUAACAGAUGGAGUCAAGGGAAUACUCUCUGUGGAUUAAGACUGACAUCUAUUGGAAGUAGAAAAUACAAGCAGACCUUACAGUUUAUCUGUCUCUGAGGCCGCAACGAAGCUGCAAAAUAAUGCUUUUCAAUGAACUGGUUGCAAACAGCUUAACUGAGCUCAAAAACAAAAAUCCAAUUAUUGACAUUAUUGUUGAAGUUGUCUUUAUCAUCUUAUUCCAUCAUGCGCUUGUUCUCCCUGCAGAGGCACCAGCAGUGUUGCUGUGGUGGCUCAAGUAAUCUCAUUAGGUGGCGGGAAUCCAAAAUAUAAUGCGCUCGCUGGGGGUGGGGGGAGCUGUGGCAGUUUGGGGGCUGUCUUUUUUAAUUUAAUCUUUUUUUUUUUCUUUUUUUGCUCUUCUUUUUAGUUAUAAAACAAAAUAAAAAAACACAGUAUAAAACAGGAUUGGUCUGCUGGGGUGAGCCAGACAGAAGCAAACAAUUACAUGACACAAAGCUAGCUAUGCUAACCUUAUUAACCACAG